AGGGCGACUCAUUUUUUAUUUUUUAUUCUUUCUCCUCUUCUGCCUGCCGACUAAACCCAAAGCUAAAUAAAGAAAAUACCGAAACUGAAAUCAACUGCUGCCCUGCCGCCGCUCAUCGUUAAGUUGCUGUCAUCGCUCCUUGCUUCUGGCUGGAUUGCUGCCUUCUAUCCCUGCUUCUGCCUGCUGAGUGCUGCCUUUUCUUGCUUUCCUUCUCUAGUCUUCAUCAAUUCAUCUGCCCGUGACUAGUGCUGUAGACAUAGGCGCCAUUGUCACCAUGCCUACUGUCAGCGUUGCGAGGGAUCGUCUUUUCGCUGCCCUUGGCAGAUCUUACACUCAAGAAGAAUUUGAAGAACUGUGUUUCAAUUUUGGGAUUGAACUUGAUGAUGUGACAACGGAGAAAGCAAUAAUUUUGAAAGAGAGGCACUUGGAGGACGAUAAUUCUAGUCUUGAUGAUGAAGUCAUUUACAAGAUUGAAGUCCCUGCAAACAGGUACGAUUUGCUUUGCUUGGAAGGGCUUGCACAAGCCCUUUGCAUUUUCAAUGGGCAUGAGAAGAUACCUAGAUACACGGUUGCCAACAUUAGUAAGGAAUCAAUGCUUAAAAUGCAAGUGAAAAAAGAGACAUCAUUAAUUCGUCCCUUUGUUGUUUGUGCGGUUUUGAGAGGCAUAGCUUUUGAUGAAGCAAGAUAUAACAGCUUCAUUGAUCUCCAGGAUAAGUUGCACCAAAAUAUCUGCAGGAAAAGAACCCUAGUUGCUAUUGGGACUCAUGACUUGGAUACGCUACAAGGGCCUUUUACAUAUGAGGCGUUGCCACCUCCAGAGAUAAAUUUUGUGCCGCUGAAACAGGUGAAGCACUUCAGAGCUGAUGAGUUGAUGGAAUUUUACAAGUCAGAUUUGAAGUUGAAGAAGUUCUUGCAUAUAAUUGAGAAGUCAAAAGUGUUCCCUGUUAUUUAUGACCGCAACAGAACUGUUUUGUCUUUACCACCAAUUAUUAAUGGAGCACACUCAGCAAUCACUUUAAAGACUAAAAAUGUCUUCAUUGAAUGCACAGCAACUGAUUUAACAAAGGCCAAGAUUGUUUUAAAUACAAUGGUAACAACAUUUUCAGCAUAUUGUGAAAGGAAAUUUGAGGUGGAACCGGUUGAAGUGAUAUCAUUUGAUGGAAACUCAAGUGUUUAUCCUGAUUUAUCAGAAUAUAAUAUGGAAGUUCCUCUAUCAUAUAUUACUGGUUCCAUUGGAGUUCCACUGGAGGUAGAUGAGGUCACUAGUCUAUUGAAUCGAAUGCAAGUGCAUGCUGAACAAGCUGGAUUGGGUGGCAACAAUAUCAAUGUGUCUGUACCUCCAACCAGAAGUGAUAUUCUUCACCCAUGUGAUGUUAUGGAGGAUGUUGCAAUUGCUUAUGGCUAUAAUAAUAUUCCAAAGAGAAAGCUUUCUUCUUUGAAGCCUCUUCCAUUAAACCAGCUCAGUGAUCUUAUCAGAUAUGAGAUUGCUAUGAAUGGUUUUGCAGAGGUGUUGACAUGGAUUUUAUGUUCUAAAAAAGAGAAUUUUGAGAUGUUAAAUCGAAAGGAUGAUAAAACCACUGCAGUGGUCAUUGGAAACCCCCGUUCCUCUGAUUUUGAGGUUGUCCGCACAAGUCUCAUGCCUGGCAUGCUGAAGACUGUUGGACAUAACAAAGACCACCCCAAGCCCAUAAAGAUUUUUGAAGUGGGUGAUGUAGUACUUUUGGAUGAGAAGAAAGAUGUUGGUGCAUCUAACCGUCGCCUACUUGCUGCACUAUAUUGUGGUGCUAACUCAGGUUUUGAGCUGAUUCAUAGCCUGGUUGACAAAAUUAUGGAAGUUAUGGGGACUCCUUUUGUUCCAGUUGGUAAUAGUGCAGGAUACUAUAUAGAGCUUUCUGAUGAACCUGAAUUUCUAUCGGGCAGGCAAGCCAAAAUCAUAUACAAAGGGAGGCGUAUUGGCAUUUUUGGUAUUGUGCACCCUGAGGUGUUGAAUAAUUUUGAUAUUCCGGAUCCGUGCACUUUCUUGGAACUUGACAUCGAGAACUUUUUGUAGCGACUGUUCCAUUACGGCUGAUGUACAUCAGCACUGGUACUCACCUACUUAAUUCUUGUUUAUGUUGGAGUCACAAUGUUCGCUUCAGAUUUCAGAACUGCAUUCUUGUUUCUGUUUUAUUUAUAAAUUUAUUGUGUGAACAUUCAUCAUUAAUCAGUUGAAUUCAAGCAUUGGAUGUGAUUUAUCAUGAUCGCAUUUGAUUAAUAAGUAAUCAAAGCUUUGCGAUGAUUGCUUAAUUGAAAUUUGAUUAUAGCUUGGUAAUGGUCAAUAAUCCCCCUAAUUAUCUUUUUCACAC